AUGACACGAGCGAGCGUGAGCCAAACAUUUGACGCUCGCGCAGGGCUCUAAAACAGACUCUAAACUGAUGCUGUAAACCAUCCAGAACUGAAAACUACAAAACCGCAUCUGAGGGAUUUUGAUGACGUCAUAAUAGUCGACCGGCUAUGGAGCUGUUUUUCUGCGUAUACACGUUAGAACUCAUGACAUUGAUUUUAAUUUCCACUUUUGUACUCUUUCGCAUAUCGCGAUGGAUUUAUAAUAGAAGGUUGUGGACUUGCCUGCCAUGAGUCAAUUACAACCAUUUCCGUAAGUUCCUAAUCAGGAUGAGCGGAGAAAAACCCCCAGCGGAGCGUCGCCUGACGCUGGCUUGUGUUGUGGACCUCUUGGCACCUGAAGGCCUCAAUGCCCGCCAAAAGGCAUACGACGAUGUGGUGCGAGCGGCCAAGGACUACAAAAUUAAUACAUAUCGGAUAGAAUUCGACAAGCUGGAGAAUUCUAAAGAGACUGCAGUGUUGGAUCUGAUGUAUAGUGCCGAUGUUGCCAUUGUGGAUAUGUCGAUAAGCAGUCAGCAGAUUGCUCUGUCCGGCCAACUCGGAGCACGGGAGCGCUUCGGGAUGCAGGGGAAUUUUGUGAUUUAUAAUAGUGAAUCUGUCCAUGGAGUCUUCAAAUCCAGCAUCGGUGGAUCUGGAAUGAAUAGCAUUGGGUAUUCGUUGUCGGAAGACGGUGAGCGGUGCGUUGUCACCGAUUCAUGGAUGGCCGACUCUGGAAUUAAUUUAUAUUCAAAGCUCAAACAGCUGCUCAAGGAUGUUCAGGUUACAACAUCCACUCAUGCGAAGGAAAAAUUUCUCGAUGAUCUCCGAAAAGUGCGAGAGAUGCCGCAUGAUCAGCUGAAACCGGAACUGGAUAAACUUCGGCAGAAAAUGAACUUGGAUCCGGUGUUGCUGUCGCCGGAAAUUGUCUUUAAUCUGCUUAUGUCGUACAGAGACAUUCAGGAUCAUGAUACCAUGAUCAGUAUUAUGGAUGGCGUGCAGUCCCGACAGGAUGAACCGAACGCUCAGCAAUGCCUGCAGCCGGAUUUCAUGUACUGGUAUUGCUUUGCUCUGAAUCGCCGGAAUAAGCCUGGCGAUCGCGAUAAAGCGCUGUUGAUUAUGGAGAGAGACGCCACAGAUCUCCAGUACGUUGUUCCGGAUGCCCUGUGUUUAUGCGGACGAAUCUAUAAAGACAUGUUUGUGGAGAGCGAGUGUAAAAACAGGGAUUAUAUCGCUAAAGCGAUUGAAUGGUACAGGAAGGGUUUUGCGGGUAAACCUAAUGAGUUUGCUGGUAUCAACCUUGCUACCCUAUUGGUGGUUUCUGGAGACAAAUUUGACAGUUCCAGUGAAUUGCAAUCAGUUUUGAUGCAGUUGAACCAUAUGAUCAGUCGCAAAGGCAGUCUGGAGUUGCUGCAGGAAUACUGGACAGUGGCGACGUUUUUCGAGAUGCAGGUGCUAUCGGAUGAUUAUCGUAAAGCCUGUCAGGCAGCGGAAUGCAUGUACCGCUUGAAACCGCAAGGAUGGAUGAUCCGCACUACCAUGCAGAAUAUUAGAUUGAUUGAGCAAUCGCGCCGGGCAAUUGCGAAGGGAAAUGAUUCUGUAGCCAGUUCUCGUAGUAGUUCCAUCGCAGUGGAAGAUGAUGAGGAUCUGUACCGGUUUUGGUUGGAAUUCUUCGAGGACAGUUACGUGCCUCGUCCGGAUACGGCUCACUUUCCCGUGUUAAUUUUAGACGACAAUCCUGAACGGCACUACAUAUCGUUUUAUGUGACUAUCAAUGUCACCGAAGAAACUGCCGCUGAUCGGACCAUCAAGUUCUGGCAGUCAGGAUGCACGGAAGGGAUUGAAUACUUACUGAAGCCGGAGCAUGUCAAGAGCGCGGCGCUUAAUCGGCAAGACGAGCGUUGUUUGUUUUUAUAUGUCGCCUAUCCGUUCUCCGAGAAUCUGCAAGUGUACUUCUCGUCUGGAAAUCAGCGCGAUCGGUUCCAUGCAUUGUGCAAGGAAUUUCUCAGUUCCACUGACGAUUAUGUAGAUCUGGAUGAUGAUGGCCCGGCGAUGAUGUACGAUUAUGAAUAUGACAAGAAUGGGCAGAGAGUAUUACUGGGCAGUGGCACAUUUGGAAGGGUGUAUGCAGCGAAGAACGCUAACACCCAGGUGAAGAUGGCAGUGAAAGAGAUUCGAGUAACGAACGAUGCUGCUGUACAGCUACUGCACGAUGAAAUCAAACUCCACUCGAAACUGCAUCAUAAGAAUAUCGUGCAGUACCAUGGAUCCGUGUACGAAAAUGGCUUCUUUAAGAUCUUCAUGGAACAAGUACCUGGCGGCAGUUUAUCAGAUUUACUACGGGGAUGGGGUCCACUAAAAGGCAACGAAAUGGCCAUCGCGUUUUAUAGUCGGCAAAUAUUAGAGGGACUGCGAUAUUUGCAUGACCAAAAGAUUGUCCAUCGUGACAUUAAAGGAGGCAACGUGCUAGUGAACACUUUUAGUGGCGUCUUGAAAAUCUCUGAUUUCGGUACCAGCAAACGUUUGUCCGGUUUGAACUCUAAUGCCAGCUCUUUCAAAGGAACGUUCCAGUAUAUGGCACCGGAAGUUAUCGACGCCCAGGGUCAACGAGGCUACGCUGCCCCGGCGGAUAUUUGGUCAUUCGGAUGUACCGUCAUUGAAAUGGCUCAGGGAAAACCUCCAUUUAGCGAGAUACAGUCGCCGGUAGCAGCAAUGUUUUUAGUGGGAAGAAAUAAAAGCCAUCCUAUGAUUCCUGAAGAACUGGGUACUGAAUGCCGAGAAUUUAUUCUGUCUACAUUCUGUUCCAAUCCGGCGGACCGGUUGACGGCAGCAUGUUUAUUAAAGCACCCUUUUUUGCGGGAGGCCAACAAGAAACGGCAACGCAACAACUCGGUGACUUCUCUGAACGGCAGUAUGUCGAGAAGCCAUUCGGUACCGCCCGCGGAUUCUGUUGAUGCUAGUACACUAGAAGCUCGCGAAUUGGUGGAAAAGGGUGUCGGAACUUCUAAUCCUUCAUCUGCAGCCGUUCCCACCAGCCCUCAACCCGAGCAGGAAAUAUCCGGCUCGUACUGGAAACGUAAGCACAACGAAACCCAGAUCGCUUUGCUAGCUCUCUUGGAGACGGAGCGUCCCGUGUUGAUUGACCGCAUGAUGGAGUCUUUCGAAAACAACAAUAAGGAUGGCGGAGCGUUGAUCGAUUGUGCAUCCAUAGAAACUAUGAUUCGUUUGGUGGAGAAGUGCAUUCAGAGUGAAGAGGGUGGUCGUGUUGGAGCUAAGAUUGUGAUUGAAGAUUUUAAGGGAUCCAUCGCACCUACUGAACAUAAUCGCUUAUUGAAACAGCUGCAGUUGUUUUUGUUCCUAUUGAAGCGCGAAGUGCAGGAUGUGCUACGGAAUCGCAGUAUUAAGCCGCAUUGGAUGUUUGCGUUUGAUGAUAUGAUCUCACGUAGCGUACAGAUUAUUCUGCAGCAAAUGGGGAUGAGUUUUGAUGACACUGACUCGGAGCCGGAAAAGCGGGAAUACACGUCACAAACAUCGACUUCGCCCGGGAGUUACGGACAGGCACCGUAUGAACAAGCGCUGGCCCGGUUCAUCAAGAUGCAGUGCGGGACAGCGGAAAUUUUUGAAUUGUUAAUCAAAGCGGAGGAAAGGUAUCAGGCGGUGUUACGACAAAUGCUGGAGGAGAAAAAUCGUGCAAUAGCGUUAGCGGAAUCGCAGCGUUUUGGCAGCACGGGAUCCACAGGCUCGCAGUGAAGGCAUGACGAAUAUUUGAGUGUGUUCUAGUUUUUGUUACGAAUAGUUUGAUUUGUUACUGCGACAGCUGUGAUUUAUUGUACGCAAGGAACGCUGGACCGUCUAGUAAUAACUGGAAUUAUGAUAUUGGUUGUCAGGACUGACCUUCCUAUAAUUAUGUUGCGGUGUAUAAUAUUACCGUUGCGUACUUGGAGUAGCCAGAAACCGAACGGACUACAACAACGAUGGUGUUAAUUUUUAAUUCAGGGUACGUCUACAUGCUGCGCGGGCAGAACAAACGGUAGGACCAAGAAUAGAAAACUUUCAUGUUAACAAGCACAUUUAUCAGCCGCCGGCGUGCUGUGUGCACUGCUUCUUUCCAUCCUGGAGCUUGGCCAGAUUUGCUACCGUAUUUGUUAGACUGCGCACCGCAUUUUCCAACGUAUGGACCCGCCCCAUCAGAUCUCGAUUCUAACAACAAAAAUGUUAGAAAUAAUUAUGACAAGUUUGUUCAGCACGAGUCAGAUUUCUCCAUUG